AUGUGUUUCAUUAUCACAACCGCAGUGUUAGCUGCAGUGCUAUUGAAUGGCGCCCAAAGUGCAGUUCCAAUCGUCAACAUCCCGCAUUUGGGUACCGCCCAAGGAUCCUUGACCUACAGCAGUUGGACCAACCGAACCAUCUCUCAGUUUCAGGGGAUCCCUUACGCUCAACCACCAACUGGAUCGCUGAGGUUUCAGCCUCCAGCUAAGAUGACUGUUUGGCCAAACACCCUGGACGCUUCCAAACCAGGAAUACCUUGUCCCCAGAUUAACGACCGACAUGUCAAUUCUAAUAAUGAAGACUGCCUAACCUUAUCAGUCUAUACAAACAGUUUGGACGCGAUUCGACCUGUGAUGGUGUACAUUCAUGGUGGUUGGUUUUCCAGCGGAAGUGCCACCGCAUACGGUCCGGAGUAUCUCCUGGAAUCCGACAUAGUGCUGGUGGUGAUCCAAUACCGACUUGGUCCGCUUGGUUUUCUAUCCACAUUAAGCGAUAAGAUUCCCGGAAAUGCAGGAAUUCUCGAUAUGGUGGCCGCUCUAGAAUGGGUUCAAGAAAACAUUGGAUAUUUUGGCGGAAACAGCUCCCAAGUGACGAUAUUCGGUGAAUCCGCUGGAGCAGCUGCUGUGUCCGCUUUGCUGCACAGUCCAUUGAUACGGGGCAAGCCAACGCCACUGUUCCACAAAGCCAUCCUACAGUCAGGUUCGGUAUUUGCGCCCUGGGCCAUGUGUGAUGAUCCAGUAAACGGAGCUUUGGACAUUGCAAACCGAGCAGGAUGUUCAAGCACAGCAACAUACGAAUCGUGCCUGCAGCAAGUGCCAGUUCAUAUUCUGCUUCAAGCAUUCGAUUUACACCGCAACGAUAUGAUAAUUAGGCAUGGAUAUCCCAGCGUAGCUGGAACCACCAUUGUCGUUGGAGGACCUUCGAAUCUGUUUCCUUUGCAUCCGAAGAACUAUCUGUCGGGUGCGAAUCGAGAAGUUUCCGUCAUGGGAGGCACCACCUCCCAAGAUGGUCUCUUUCUACUUAGUGAAAUCUGUCGAUUACAACCAGAGAAACUUAGCUCUUUGAAUAAUGGUCACGAUCUGUUGACUUUCGUGCGUGAGAUCCUAGAGAAAUUCGGACAAACUAAAUUCGAUGGUGCGUUGGAUGGGUACAGUUUCUCUCAUCACUUUCAAGUAAGAGAAGUGGAAAAAGAAAUGAAGUGGAAAGAUAUUGUUUUGGGUUUGACGGAUAUCUGCGGUACUCAUGGUAUCAAAGCGCCGGUACUGGUCGACAUACACACUUUCUCUCGAGUUAAUCCGAGCAACGUCUUCCUCUACAGCUUUGAUUACUCUAAUCUUCGAACGGAACGAAAUCUCUCCAUUGAAUUCCCAUACGAAGGCGUUGUCCAUCAUGGUGAAGAUCUGAUUUAUCUGUUUCCAUCGGAUGAGCUGAACGAAAAAGACACCGAAAUUGCAAAAAUCAUGGUAAAACUAUGGACUUCGUUUGCCAUCAGAGGAAUUCCUUCCGCCAGCGAUACCCGUUAUUGGCCACCAGCCGAAGGACUGUUCGGACCCUAUCUUACAAUCAAUGAACAUAGAGAACAGAACAACUACUACUUGAAUGAGUUCAUGGCUAGUACGCUGAAGUAUAGAACGUACGGUUCCGGUGGUCGUGCCACCAUUUCCUCGCUGCUGUUAAUUUUGUCAUUAGCACUUAAAAUGCUUUUAAUUUUGACCAUUCUAUUUGAUGGCGGACUUUCACUUUUGGAUGAUUUACACUUUGUACUGACAAACAUGACGAUAGCUUAUCUUUUAUUAUUAGCUUUAGGGAUGACUUCGCAACUUAGCGGUUCACUGCCAGUACCCGAUGAUGCUCCAGUGGUAACUCUUUCGAAUUUGGGUACAUUACGAGGAUCAACCACGGUCAGUGCUUUUAGUGGGAGAAAAAUUCUGCAAUUUCUCAGUAUCAAAUACGGUGAAACCACGUCUGGGGAGUAUCGCUUUAAGGCUCCGAGAAAAGCAGUAGCUUGGGAUGGAGUACGAAAUGUUUCACAAUAUGGACUGCCAUGUCCACAACUGAAACUGGAAGCCUUUUUCGCCAAGCAGCCAUCAGGUAUGGAUUUCGAAGAUUGCUUGACACUGUCUGUUUACAGUACUGAGCUCUCGGGCAGCAAACCGGUUAUGUUUUUCAUUCACGGGGGUGGCUUCUACGAAGGAUCUGGAGCAAAUCAUACUCCGGAGUAUUUGUUGGAAAAGGACAUCGUUCUGGUGGUGGUACAAUAUCGGCUAGGUCCGUUAGGAUUUCUAUCGCUUAAAGAAGAAAAUAUGCCUGGUAACGCUGGACUGCUGGACAUUAAACUGGCCCUCGAGUGGGUUCAGGAUAAUAUUGGACACUUUGGCGGAGAUGCCACAAAUGUGACUUUAUUCGGACAAUCUGCUGGAGCGGCCGCCGUCUCGGCUCUCAUGUACAGUCCACUGAUUCCGGAAGGUUUAUUCCACAAAGUGAUACUGCAGUCGGGCGGUUCCAGUUCGCCAUGGGUUUGGGACAAAGAUCCGAUUGAGCAUGCGCGUGAAAUUGCCGCCAUUGCUGGCUGUGAUCCGAAUGCUGGGAAACAUCACAAGAUCAUCAUGCCUCUACCCCACGCCGAUCGCUGCCUUCGGGAGAUGGACGUCUGGAAAUUGUUGAAAAGUUUUAUCGAACACAAGAAUGUAACUACGUCUACUAAAGGCCUGUCUGAGGUGGGAGGAAACCGAUUGACGGUAGGGGAUUUUCAUGGGCUACUGCCGGAGAAACCCUGGGAGCUCAUUAAGAAGGGACAAAUCCGACGUAACCUGCCAAUGAUGGCUGGUGUUGUCAAGCACGAGGGAACGUUUCUGCUGACCACGAUUUACGAUGGGCUGAAGAAUAGGGGUCAGCUGGAUGAUGAGUACUUUAUCAAGUAUGGUUUACUGGAGCGAACCAAUCGGAUUUUCGGAGUCGACGAUUCGACGGGAACUCUGGCUGGAUAUGAAAUCAGAACGUUGUUCAGUCCGUCGCAGCUAUCCAGCGGAAAGUUUGAAAAUAUGACGGAUGGUUUGAUAGACCUUACCGGCACAAUGCUAAUCAAGGCUGCUUUACUUCGAGAAGCUCAAGCCAACGGUCGGGUGAAUCCGAAUGGGACUUUUCUGUACACAUUCGACUAUCAAGGGGAAAAGACACGUUUUGGUUAUGGUGCUGAUACAUCUCAUUAUCCGUUCGCAGGAGGAGUUCAUCAUUCCGAUGAUCUGAUGUAUCUUUUCCCAUACCCACCGGGGCAACCAACGCUAAACGCGAAAGAUACCGUAAUAGCUCGGAUGAUGGUGGAUCUGUGGACCAGUUUUGCUGCUACUGGAGUACCCAAGAGUGAUCUAACCGGCGUCGAGUGGGAGUCUAUGAAAGAGUACGCUGGUCCGUAUCUCCACAUCGACGAAAAGCCUCGAAUUGGUUCAAAUUUUUACGAAGAGUUUUCCGUACUCAGCGAUGAAAAACGACGGGAAGCUAACCAUUAAUAUGGUCUGUUUUUGGAAUGAGAACUUAGUCUCAAGUUUGUUAUGUUAAUUCACAAUUUCUUCGUUAAAAUCUGAUUGUGGUUAUUUGAAUUUAGG